AUGUUUGAGGAAAACAUCGUUGACUUCAAGCCCUCGCCCGGGUCAUUCCCGUUGGUCGGUGCUUCGAUUGUGGUGGACCAAUCAGAUUACCCUGGUGUUAUCCGCGCCGCAGGGGACUUGGCGCAAGACUUUGCUCGUGUGACGAGAGGCGAUGCGAGUCUGUUGGUUGUGAUAUCAUCUGACUCGGACUAUGACAAGAUACAGACGGAAACGGCUAUCAUCGUUGGCAGUCUUGCUUCGAGGAUCAUCAAGACGCUUGCGCAACAGGGUAAACUUGAUACUCAGGCAAUUGAGGGAAAAUGGGAGACGUUCAGCACGAGUAUUGUCGAUCAGCCUUUGGGGAAGUGUGAGAAGGCUUUGGUGAUAGCUGGAAGUGAUAAGCGAGGUACCAUCUUUGGCAUUUACACGCUCUCUGAACAGAUUGGGGUUUCACCAUGGUACUGGUGGGCCGAUGUACCACCAAAACAUCGUGAACAGAUAUUUGCUAUUGAGAAGCAGACCAUUCACGGCGAGCCGUCUGUGCGACACCGAGGUAUCUUUCUCAACGACGAAGGCCCUGCUUUGACUGGUUGGGUGAGAGAGACGUUUGGAGGAUACAACUCCAAAUUCUACGUCGAAGUUUUUGAACUCCUACUCAGACUCAAGGCCAACUUCCUCUGGCCAGCAAUGUGGCCCGGCUAUCCCAACCCAGGCGCAUCAUUCUUCACAGACGAUCCACUAAAUCAAAAGCUCGCAGACGAGUAUGGCAUCGUGAUAUCUACGUCCCACCACGAACCGAUGCAGCGGUUGUCAAACGAGUGGUUCGCAGAGAAUCCAGAUGGCAGCUGGAAUUGGUUAACCAACAAACAGAAAAUCACUGAAUUCUUUGAGCACGGUGCUAGUAGAGCUAAAGGCUGUGAUUCAUACUUUACCUUAGGAAUACGUGGAGAAUAUGAUAAGAAGAUGCUAGCUGAGGAUCCUGCUGCUGUGGUGCAGGAUGCUAUUGAGACGCAGAGGGGGGUUGUUAAGAAGGUUUAUGGAAGUGAAGAUGCUGUGCCUCAACUCUUCGCGAUCUAUAAAGAGGUCCAGUCGAUGUUCGAAACCGGCAGGUUGAAUGUCCCAGAAGAUGUAACGCUUCUGUUCCAGGAUGACAACUUUGGCACGAUCCGUCGGCUUCCAACAAAGGAAGAGGGCAAGAGGAAGGGUGGGGCUGGUGUAUAUUACCAUCUUCAAUAUGUUGGUGAUCCUCGAAGCUACAAGUGGAUCAACACGAACUCACUUCAAGCGUAUCACCACAACGCCCGUCAAAUCUGGGUCUUCAACGUCGGCGACCUAAAACCUCAAGAAAUUCCCGUAUCCUUCGCCAUGGCUCUAGCAUGGGACAUCAACAGUAUCAAACAGGAUACUCUACCACAGUUCUUCCGCCAAGCUGCAGAACGAGAGUUUCGCGCUGAGCUCGCGGACGAAGUUGGGUCCAUCUGGCAUCGACAUGAUCGACUACUGGCGUUGAGAAAACAUGAGCAUAUCGAGCCUGAUACUUUCUCCGUUUUGCAUUACAGAGAAGCUGACACUGUGUAUCGUCGAUGGAAAGAUCUUCUUGAUGAUGCUGAAAAGGUAAAUGCUCAUGUUUCAGAAGUAGAAAAAGCAGCGUCUUUCCAGCUUAUUCUCCAUCCCACCAAAGCGUCAUUUAUCUAUAACAAGGUACGCUGGAGCCAAGCACUAAACAAGCUGUACGCUCGCCAAAGACGAAACUCAGCAAACACAUACGCUCAAAUCGCCCUGGACGCAUUUGACCAAGACUUCACUCUAUCAGAAGAAUAUCACAGCCUUUUAGACGGAAAGUGGAACCACAUUCUCAUGCAGCCGCACUACGGCUAUGAAGACACAUGGCAUGCGCCUUCACGCGACAUGAUCGGUGGAUUAUGCUUUGUUCAGAAACGCCAGAACUCGAAUCCUAUUGUGGGACAGAUGGGUGUUGCUGUCGAAGGGCAUGAGGGUGUAAGGCCAGGUCGGAUCAAUGAGGAAUCUGAGCGGACGCAUCCGAGUAGACGAGAUCUUGUUCCUGGGUUGACAUUGCGGCCUAUGAGUCGGUAUGGGCCUGGGGCUCGAUACUUUGAUAUCUUUACCCGAGGAGUGCCGAGGAUCAACUGGUCUGUUUCGGCGCCUCAGCCAUGGAUUAAUCUGUCGAAGAUGUCGGGGGUCUUGAUACCCGGUGAAGAAGAUGCCAAGGUUGAGAUCUCCAUUGACUGGGAUCAAGUGCCUGAUGAGUUCAACGAAGAAGUACUCAUUGAUGUUCGGUCGGAAGAAGGAGACUUUGAACAGGUCCAUCUACCGAUCAAGGGCAGACGGGUACCAGAUUCUUUCGAGGGUUUCGUCGAGCAGGAUGGUUUUGUGUCUAUCCCUGCUACCGAUUGUCACCUCGAGACUCCAUACCUGGUUCUCCCCGAUGCAGGCAGACUAGAAACUGGCUCUUUGACCCUCGCACCAGGAACCGAUACCAACGACUCGAUUCCCUACGUUCAGUACCCUUUCUACCUCUUCAGUGAGACUUCCAACGCUACUUUAGUACUAUACUUCGGCACCACUCUGGAUCUCUCCUCAGAAGAUAUUCUGACCUAUGACGUUCAAAUCGACAAGGAACAAAGCCAAAGCUAUCCUCUGCAGAAGAGAACUCAAGAGAGUGAGAAGAAUGCUGCUGAUAAGGGAUGGGCGUCUGCCGAUGGCUGGUUCUUUGCUGCGUCGGAUAAUGUUUGGGUUCGGGAGCACGCACUGACGUUGGGACCUGGUGCACAUACGCUACAUGUCAGGUUGGGACAUGCGAACAUGUUGCUUGAGAAGAUCGUGGUUGACUGUGGUGGUGUAGCAAAGAGCUACUUGGGCCCUCCUUUUGGGAUCAAGGCUUGA